CUCGCCAGCUGUAUUUUGUAACAGUUGAGCUUCAACUGCGCUCGCGGCUGGUCGCAGAAAUUUACACAGCCACAGCUCAAUUGUUACAAAUAAAAGAGACUUAAAUUAAAACAGGGAGUGACGAUGGCUCGCUUUGUUGCUGGAGCUCGUGGAAUCUUCCGUCGCUAUCCAUUUGUGACCAACAGUGCCAUCUACGGCAGCCUGUAUGUGGGGGCCGAGUACUCGCAGCAGGUUCUGUCCAAACGUUGGCUGGCGCCUGAGGCAGAGCGUGGGGAUAUCGAUUAUGCAACGAUAGGAAGAUACGCAGUGAUGGGUACCGCUGUAUAUGCCCCAACAUUAUAUGCUUGGUAUAAAUGGUUAGAUCGCACCUUUCCUGGUACCACUAAGACCAUAAUUAUUAGGAAAUUGGUACUGGAUCAAUUCAUACUUACGCCUUAUCUAUUGAUCAUUUUCUAUGCGGGCAUGUCCAUCAUGGAGGGCUCUGAGGAUAUUCUUCUGGAAUUGCGAGAGAAGUUUGUGCCAACUUUUGUACGUUCCUGUAUUUUCUGGCUGCCUGUUCAGGUUCUGAAUUUUUCCCUGGUGGCGCCACGCUUUCGCGUCAUCUAUAUGGGCGUUUGCGGCUUGAUUUGGGUUAAUAUUCUCUGCUGGAUUAAGCGACAGAGUUUGUCGACCAAAAUAGAAACAACUACAACAAAAGCCAGCUGAAGACACCGCAAAUCAGGUCCACACGUGAGAUUUGUAUACAAAAUAUACUGAUGAAAGAGUGCGAGGCUGCGUUAGUAAAUAAAGACAUAACUGGUACUACUUGCAAUAUCAGCCAUGCUCUAUGCAAAGUUAUAUAGA